UAGCAACAAGAUGGCGUCCUCGUCGACGAAAAAAGGAAAGGGGAAAUCUUCUCAAAUAACUAUUCAAAUAACCGGGAAAGGGUCCGAAGCUUACAAAGACAUUGACUGGAAAACGCUGAGUGACGAUGAAGCCAAGGCAAUCGAGAAGGAAGCAUCCCUAGCAUGGAAGGUGCUGUCCAACACCCAGACUCAAGCCCUUCAGGAUCUGCCAGUGGAAGAGGUGGAAAAAAAAUUGUCUGAGAUCCUGAAGCUGACCAGCCCUGAGAUUGACCUGUGCGAGUCGGUCCUGCUGGACUACUACGUUAGCGGGUUUUGGUGGGCCAAGGAGAGAGGCUUCACCACCCAGCAGCUCUCGGGAUUCUUCACCGUGCUGCACCAGCUCCUGGAGAACAUCAGAGAAAAGCAGCUGUCCCUGACAGACAAUCUUUCUGAGUUUCGGAAGACGUUAGUGGGCAUCGGUGCCGACAACAAUACCCCUAGCAGAGGGCUGGAUUUUUUUGACCUGGAGCACGCCAAAGCCAUCACCGACUUCCUCCAGAGCACGUUAUUCCAGCAUCAUAAGAUGUACGAGUUUCUAUUUCACUCAGAAAGGAAAGAGGAAAUUGUCGGGACAGAGCUGGUGGUUGACGUUCUCCCGCCGGCGGCUAUGCCUCACCCACCCCCACUCGACGAAGGGCUGAGAGAGGAGGUCUACCUGAGGCACAUCGCCCCUGCACCCCCGACGCCUUCCCCCGAGCCCCAGCCACAAGAAGGCAGCACAGAGGAGGAGGGAGUGUCCGACAGAGGAGAGACACCAAAGACCAGUGAGGAACAGGGGGCAGAAGCAGUGAGCUCAGGGGAACAAGAGGACCUCCUUGCCGGUGUCACACCCGAAGAGGUCAAGACAAUGUUUGACCGUGUGUCAAAGGAGCUCUUUGCCGGCCUACAGAAUGACAUUUCAGAGAAGUUGAUGGAGAGAGAAGCGGAGAUCAUUGGUAGAAUCAACAAGAUACACAGAGUGGCCGAGACCUAGCGGGAGUAGUGAUUGAAUGAUUGGCUCGGGAUUGCUUGCAGCCCAUGAAUGACCCAACAAUCCGUAUCGGGGAAGAAGAGUGAUUGGUCGAUUUCCAAAUGCCUCCUGAGGGCCACGUCAUGAAGGACUUCAGUUUCUGGGAAUGACAUUCAAAAGGGUUUUUCAUACUGUGAAACCUAAGCUUGGGGUGCUGGGAGAGUGGCAUAUGGGGAGGAGGGCAUGUCAUGUACAGCCACCCCACUGAGCUCUCCUGUCCUGUUGAACCACUGGUAGCAGCUCCAUUCAUAUAUAAAUAAAUGCAGGUUUACAUAAGUAGUCACAUGCACUGGCAAUUGGUAAACUGCGUGGGUCCCAACCCGUCCCAUAAAUAUCGUUAUUCCGACAUGUCCAGCCCCUUUUUUCAGUAAGAAAAAAAAGACUUGAGGUGACAUGUGAUAAUUUUGUACAGAGCUGUAUGUAUUCUGUGUAGAAUUUUACCUUCCAGAGUACUCUUGCAAUGCCAUACUGAAUAAAUUUGUGGUGGGUGCCUGGACUCUGCAGCUGUUUGCAGAUGUGCACGGCAAAUAACGGUGAUGAUUAAUCAAUUUGCCGCACAGCGCUCAUGCACCUGUGUUGUCUCUGCCUGCCUAGACUCCAUCCAAUUGUACUCGUGUGUAUGAAUGUGUACAUUUUUUUGCAGGAAGCUUGAAUUGUUUUUUAUCGAUAUAUGUAAAUAUUUUGAUCUCGUCUGUAAAUAAAGAGACUGUAUGUGCCUCCGACGCUGGAAAUUGUUGGUGUACGCUGUGCUUGUUCAAUGCUGAUGGUUGGCAGUGAUUCAACUCAAUUAGAUGUAAUUUAUAACCAUUGUUUUUUGAGGUUUAUUAAUCCUUCCCAGCAAGUUAACUUGAAAUAUUCCCACCUUAUUCUCACUUUAUUUUGGGGGUGGAGAGAAUCUGUCUUUGAAGAAAAAAAUUAGGAAGUAAAACAUAUCAAAAAGAUGUGAAAAGUUCUUGGGAGGCACAGUGGUUGCCUCAGAAUCCUUGCAGAUAACUGCAGCAGUUGCGGGGAUGGGAUAUCAGGGAGUCAACUGCAUGUCCUAAUCUCCUCUCCCCCCCCCCAAAUAAUUAUGCUGGUU